AAAAAUGAAGUGAUGACCUCCGCCACAAGUUUCCUGGAUAGUCCAUUACUCAAAGUCAGCCGACCGGUCGCUGCUUGUUCACGAUGUCGUACCGCAAAGAUUAAAUGCGAUGGGAAACUCCCCGCCUGUUCGGCUUGUGAGAAGGUAGGCAAAGCGAGUACUUGCUCCGGUGCAAGCGAUGAGUUUGCAAAGGGCAAAGAACGAAGCUAUGUCGCCUCUCUGGAAGGCUACUGUGAUAAACUUGAAAAGAGGAUUGCCCUUCUUCGUGAACGCCAGAACUCGCGAUCUGAAGGGGAUGAAAAUGGAGCAAGCGGGAGUGGGAAUGGCGUCGUACGGGCCAUGUCCUCCACUUGUUCCACUUCGGUGGGACCUCAGGGCUCAACUUCCACCCAUCGCCGGGAGGUUUCAGAUAUUGAUGAUCUAGUGGGUGAUUUUGGUUUCUUAUCAGUCAAUGCGACCUCUCGUGACUUUCAUGGCAUCUCGUCCACCACGACCCUAGCCAACCUCCUCUUAUCAGUCGCAACUGUCGGAUCGCCUCCACCUUCGCCUCCACCUUCGCCUCCAAACCAACAUGCGCUUCCCCCACGACACGAAGCAACCCCACUGUUACAACAUUACUUUGAAAAUGUCUUUGUGCAGCUACCUCUCUUCGUCGAGACCAGCUUUUGGACGUCCGUGGAUGCCACUUAUCAGGCUGAUGGUCGAUUUGCGACUCCCGUCGAUCACUGGAUGGUACGGAUGGUCCUUGCCAUAGCCUCCGCGUCUGUUUCGUAUCAUCAUCAUCAUGAUAAGAGCCACCCAAGGGCACUGGCACUGGUCUCGGGGGCUUUGACUUAUGCUGGUGAUGUUCUCCGCCCCGGUUCCAUUACGGGUAUUCAGGCCAUUUUGCUUUUGGCGCAGUAUGCACUAGUAGACCCAGGACACUUUCGCUGCUGGUACUUGGUAGGAAUGGCAAUGAGAUUAGCCAUUGACCUAGGGCUUCAUCAAGAUCCCCCAAUGGAAGUGCAAUCAAGUGCAAAUCGGCUGGAUAUUCGCCGUCGUGUGUUCUCUUGCCUUUACUGCUUAGACAGAGGAGUCAGUACUGCUUUUCAGAGGACUUUCUCAAUCUCCGAUGCUUCUAUAAAUGUCGACUUUGCCUCGAUAAACGCACCUUCCAACUCUUCAUCAGUCGAACAAAGCCAUAUCUUUCUCCGUAGUCCGGCUCCAGCCCUGCAUAUCGUGAAAAUUCGUCAAAUCCUAUCAGCAGGAUAUCAAGAUAUGUAUUAUAGCUCACGCGAGCCAUCUCCACAACCCUUAGUGCAGAUCUGGACCCUUUGCUCCCGGGCCCAGGAAUGGUUCCAAGAGUGCCCUCAAAACGCUCCAAAACACUUUUCUCUCCUCUAUCGUCUCGAACUCAUCUACACCAAAAUUAUUCUCCUUUCCCCCUCCCACCGAUACCCCAUCCUCUGCGAUUAUAACAAAGCUCUCCUCUUUGACCACUGCAUGGAAUAUAUCAGCCAGAUCCACCAAGUCCUGGAUGAUCCCUUCAUCCUACCAUUCCUCAACUUUAUUGAUAUCCAGCGCGUUCGCCAAGUGGCCAGGCGAUUCGUAGAUCUCCUCUCCCAGAACUUCGACCUCCUAAGCGCGACAGUUCCAUGUCUUCCAUCCGUCCCGGCCGGAACCCCUGAUGCCCCAGUGCUGAGCGACGAGGACCGUAUUAACUGUCGCGCCCGUGCAACUCACUGUAUGACCUACAUCCGCGACUUACUGACUCACUGCGCACUAAAAUGGGACAUACAUGGUCCGCUGGACGAAUUUGAGCAGGAAUCAAUCUCCCUCGAGCAAAGGCUCCUCGCUAGCCCGGGAUAUUUAAUGAAUCAUGCCGCGCAUCCUCAUAUUUCAACGGGGCUGCCGCUUGCCGGUAAUUCAACUUGGUAA